AUUUUGUGAAAACAGAUUUGUUAUCUAUCUCUCUUAUAAAUGCAUAAUUACCACUUAUCGGUCUCUUUAUAUAUAUUCCAACCAAUCAGAAGUGUUUAAAUCACGAUAUCAACCAAUAGAUACACGACAACACGGUGUCCUGCGCGUUUUAAAAGCCACGUAUAUCGUCACUUUCGAGAAUUCUUGUGUCAGAAGGGAAGUGUGGAGGUUGUAUGAAAGAAUUUAAAGCCGGUUCUUAAAGAAAUAAACAUGUUUUUACUCAAAAUAUUUGCAAUUUCUUUGAUUAUCUAUAGUUGCUCUGCCAGGGAAGAAGAUGUUUUAGAUUUGGGUGACAGUGACUUCGAAUCCAAAAUUGCCGAACAUGAGACUGCUCUUGUGAUGUUUUAUGCACCUUGGUGUGGACAUUGCAAAAGAUUGAAACCGGAAUAUGCCAAAGCUGCUGAAGAUUUGUUAAGAAAUGAUCCUCCAGUUGCUAUGGUAAAGGUCGAUUGUACCGAAGCUGGUAAAGAAACUUGUAACAAACACAGUGUAAGUGGCUAUCCAACUUUGAAGAUCUUCAGGAAUGGUGAAGUCUCGCAAGAUUAUAACGGGCCCAGAGAAGCUCCCGGUAUUGUCAAAUACAUGAAAGCUCAAGUUGGUCCAAGCUCAAGUGAACUCAAAACAUCUGAAUGUCUCAAGAACUUAUUGGCUAAUGAAAAAGAAUCAGUAUUGGUUGGUUUCUUUGAAAAAGAAUCAGACCUUAAAGCCGCUUUCCUCAAAGUGGCAGACAAACUUAGAGAGAAGGUUAAAUUCGCUCAUACUUCAUUCAAAGAACUUUUGGACACACAAAAAGUCAAGGAUGGUUUAGUUUUGUUCCGUCCUGUACAUUUACAAAACAAAUUUGAAGAUAACAGUGUUAAAUACACAGGACCCGCUGAUGCAGCUGACAUUCAAAAAUUUAUCACCAAAAACUUCCAUGGUUUAGUAGGUCAUCGUAAACCUGACAAUAAACAAGAAUUCGAAAAUCCUCUAUUUGUUGCUUACUACAGUGUUGACUAUGUUAAGAAUCCAAAAGGAACCAACUACUGGCGUAACAGAAUUUUGAAAGUUGCCAAAGAUUUCAUUGGAAAAGCCAACUUUGCAGUCAGUGCAAACGAUGAAUUCCAACAUGAACUUAACGAGUUUGGUUUAGACUAUGUUAAAGGUGACAAACCAGUAGUAACUGCUAGAGAUGCUAAAAACCAGAAGUUCAUCCUUAAAGACUUCUCCGUUGAAGGUUUGGACGUAUUUGUCAACGAUGUUUUAGAAGGUGCCCUUGAACCCUACCUCAAAUCAGAAGCAAUCCCAGAAAGCAAUGAUCAACCUUUAAAGGUUGCUGUAGCCAAAAACUUCGAUGAAGUCGUGGUUAACAAUGGAAAAGACGUUUUGAUUGAAUUUUAUGCCCCAUGGUGUGGACAUUGCAAAAAAUUGGCACCUAUUUUUGAUGAACUAGCAGAAAAGCUUAAAGAUGAAGACGUAGCCAUUGUAAAGAUGGAUGCUACAGCUAAUGAUGUACCAACACCUUAUGAAGUACGUGGAUUCCCCACACUCUUCUGGGUACCUAAAGAUUCAAAGGACUCUCCUGUCAAAUAUGAGGAGGGCCGAGAAGUAGACGACUUCGUAAAAUACAUUGCCAAACAUGCGACCAAUGAGUUGAAGGGCUACGACAGGAGCGGGUCUCCCAAAGCAGACAAGACUGAAUUGUAAUUAAUGUGAAAUUCG